AUGAAGGGCGGUGAGGAAUCAAGCAUGAGCGUUAACGGCAAAAGCGAAGUGAAGAAGAUGACAAAACCCCCUUUCAGGCCCGCAAAAGAUGACACAAAGCCACUUCUUCAAGACCCAAUACUGAGAUCAGACCCAAUUGAGACUGAGGAAGCUCUCCUGCGCUUGCCUCCUUUUCCUAUUUCUAAACCCAAAUCUCAAACCCAGUGAAUUUACUUAUCUUCUUGUUCAUUUUGUA